AUGGCCGCGAUGGAUCGGGACCACCAACUGUCGGACACGAGCCGUGCGACGAAGGAAGCUGAGCCCGAGGUCUGGGCGGAGCUCCGCUCAGACUUCCAGGAAGCAGAGAGAAGUUACGCGGAGUUUGAGCUGAGCCUCGAGUGUGAUGACCAGAGUCCCCGCCUAGGUCGAGGAGCUGAGCGGAGCCGGGUGGAGUUUGAGCUCAACCUCCCCAGUGGUUGUGGGGCCGUCGCCCAAGAUGCCGAGAUGAUCGACAAGCUGGGCAAGGAUCGAAGGUCGGAGCGGAGUGACGUGGAGUCCGAGCCCGGCCUCGAAUGCGAUUGGAGUUGUCGGAGUCCGGUUGAAGUGCCGGGUGAAGAGUCGCUGAACUUAAGUCCAGACAGUGGUACUGACGGCGAAGUUGGUGGCACCGGCGAAUCGCGGACACUUCAAGCGGAUCUCAACGGCAUCCAGCGGCUCCAAGACGACGCUCGCCGACGUGGAGCCGCCGCAUUGGCCAAGACCAAGGAUAUCGGGCGGAUCUUCAAGGGUGCCCGGUAA